UUUAAAGUGAGUUAUUCAUUAACAGAACUUAAAUUACUGGUUGGUAGCCAAUCCAAUUCUUUCCCACUACAAAUCGGCUCAGAGAAACCGCUGGAAAUCUACCGAAGAAGUAAGUGAAGCUUCGUGCCAAUUGUUAGAUCUGAAACAGAAGUUUGGAAAGGAGAGAAAAGUUACUCCUUCGCCUGAUACCGCCAGGGGAGUCCACGGGAGGGACUGUAGCGCAGUGCCGGCUUGCCAGCACACAGGGACCUGCCGGCAGCCCAGCCACCUUCAGGACAGGCAGGCGCUGCAGGGCUGCCUCUGAGCAUGGCCGGGACCCCAGCUGAAGUGUUCCAAGGAUCGAGCAUUUGCCUUCUGUUGCCUGCACCUGCCAGUGUCCGGUGCUAGGAGAGUCUGAAGAAUAAUGGCCCUUUGUGGAAUAUGAAAUGUCCCUCCUGCUCCAUGGUUUCCUGUUUCUAACCUUGGGAUAACUGAACAUGGCCCUGAGUCCACAGAAAGCCAACUGAUCUACUGCAAAAUGCACCAGCUUUUCAGAUUAGUUUUGGGACAAAAAGAUCUUUCAAGAGCUGGGGACCUCUUCUCUUUAGAUGAUGCUGAAAUCGAAGACAGCCUCACAGAAGCUUUGGAGCAGAUUAAAGUAAUUAGCUCAUCUUUGGAUUACCAAACUAAUAAUAACGACCAGGCGGUGGUCGAAAUCUGUAUCACAAGAAUUACAACAGCCAUCAGAGAGACGGAAUCCAUUGAAAAGCAUGCCAGGGCCCUGGUGGGACUGUGGGAUUCCUGCUUGGAACACAACCUGAGACCUGCAGGGAAGGACGAAGAUACCCCACAUGCAAAAAUCGCAUCUGAUAUCAUGAGCUGCAUCUUACAGAAUUACAACCGGACCCCUGUGAUGGUCUUAGCUGUCCCCAUCGCAGUGAAAUUCCUCCACAGAGGCAACAAGGAGCUGUGUAGGAACAUGUCCAAUUAUCUGUCCCUGGCUGCCAUCACCAAGGCAGAUCUCCUGGCUGAUCACACUGAUGGGAUAAUCAAGAGCAUACUCCAAGGAAAUGCCAUGCUGUUAAGGGUGUUACCUGCUGUCUAUGAAAAGCAGCCUCAGCCAAUCAACAGGCACCUGGUGGAACUCCUGGCCUUGAUGUCUCAGUUGGAGCAGACAGAGCAGUACCACCUACUAAGGCUUCUGCACGUAGCAGCAAAGAGAAAAGAUGUGGAGGUGGUCCGGAAAUGUGUUCCUUUCCUGAUCAGGCAUUUGAAGGAUUCAACCCACAAUGACAUCAUCCUAAACAUCCUAAUAGAAAUAGCAGGCUGUGAGCCACUGGCUUUAAACAGUUUUCUCCCAAUGUUGAAAGAGAUCGGAGAGAGAUUUCCCUACCUCACUGGACAAAUGGCAAGAAUCUUUGGUGCUGUUGGGCGUGUGGAUGAAGAAAGAGCCAGGAGCUGCCUACGAUAUCUGGUAAGCCAGCUGGCUAGCAUGGAGCAUUCCUUCCACCAUAUUCUCCUGCUGGAAAUUAAGAGCAUCACUGAUACCUUCUCCUCCAUCCUGGGCCCUCACAGCAGGGACAUCUUCCGCAUGAGCAACAGCUUCAGCAACAUCGCCAAGCUGCUUUCCCGACAAUUGGAGAGCAACAAGGCUGGGAGUAGCAGCGUGGUUGCAAGAGGUCCUCACGGCUUAAAGGAAGCAAUCUGGUUGCCAUCAGACGACGCUGCCACUCCAGGAUGCAGCCUUGAUGUCAUAAUUGCCCUCAUUUGGAAGGUGACCAACCUUAUUGCUCACCGUGGUUUGGAUACUAUGAGAAGCUGUGUGGCAAAGCUGUUCUUUACCUGUUCCUUAAAGGGUCAUUACUGCCUGUACAGCAAGUCCAGUUUCACCCUCAUCAGCCAAGCGCCCCAGCCCUGGAUCCAGAUCAUGUUUCUCUUCCAGCAGAGCCUGUUUCCUGAACCCUUGUCCAUUCAGAGUGGUUCUGUGCAGUUCCUCAAAGCCCUAUGGGAGAAGACUCAGCCCAGGGGAACCCUCAGCUUUGAAGUUGCCAUGACAGAGUCCACAUUUCCACAACAGAAGGAUCUGGACCAGCUCCGGCUCCAUCUGGAAGAGGUGAGGUUCUUUGACGUGUUUGGCUUCAGUGAAGCAGCAGGAACAUGGCAAUGCUUCAUGUGUAACAACCCUGAAAAGGCAGCCGUUGUAAAUCAAGAUGGCCAGCCCCUCAUUGAAGGAAAACUUAAAGAGAAACAAGUGAGAUGGAAGUUCAUCAAGAGGUGGAAAACUCGCUAUUUUACAUUGGCUGGAAACCAGCUUCUCUUUCAAAAAGGAAAAUCUAAGGAUGAUCCUGAUGACUCCCCAAUCGAACUCAGCAAAGUACAGAGCGUGAAAGCUGUGGCCAAGAAACGCCGGGAUCGCUCUCUCCCCCGGGCUUUUGAAAUCUUCACAGACAAUAAGACCUAUGUUUUCAAAGCCAAGGAUGAGAAGAAUGCAGAAGAGUGGCUGCAGUGCAUCAGCGUGGCACUGGCCCAGGCAAAAGAGAGGGAAAGUAGAGAAGUGACCACAUAUCUGUAGGGACACAGAAACCGCCUCUUGUGACCACGCAUAAUAGGCCUUGCCAGUGUCAACAGAAAGAGAAGUCCACCAGUGUAUUACUGGGUUUCACUGAAUACCAGUGAAACCAUUAUCCCUAGGGAGGGCCUAAAAUGGCAGGAUUCUCAGUAACUACCACGCCCUCACAUCUCAUGUAUUAGCUCCAAGGUUUCUGCCUGAAGUACAUGAGGGGAAAAAGCCACAGAGUUUAUGCUGGAGCAUGUGGGCCAGGGAAGGAAAGUUAUGUAGAUGAGAGAUAGAUGAGACGGAUAUAGAUGACAUAGAUAUAGCUAGAUAUGAGAUGGAGGUAGAGAUAGAUAUAGAAACUUCUGUAGCUAUGUGAUUUAUGACUGUCACCAGCAAAAAGGCUCAGCAGGUGAAAGGCACUUGCUGGCCAGCCUGAUGGCCUGAGUUCUAGCCCCAUAAAUGACUUAGUGGAAGAAGAGAAUCAACUCCGGGCAGUUGUCCUCUGCUCUCUGCAGACCAUGCUGCAUCCAUGCCCCCAGUAAAUAACUGAGUAAACGGAAUUCUAAGAACAGAUGCCUGAAAGAUCUACCUUGAAGGAAAACUAGCACAUUAAGAACAUAGUGUUAAAAAGCUAUUAGGAAAAGGUGAACACUGAAGAAAACUUUAGAAUAUCAGUUACCUUUCUGUUGCUGUGACAAAACAUUUGGACAAAAGUAACUUGGAGGAGAGAGGAUUUGUUUCGGUUUAUGGUUCCCGGGAGAUAGCGUCCACCGAGGCAGGGAAUAUGUGGCAGCAGGCAGAACAAUGGCGGCAGGAACAGGAAGCUGGCUGACUUUCGUUCACACAGGGGAAGCAGAGAGAGUGGGAAGGAGGGUAAGGCUAUGAAACCACAAAGCUCGUCUUCACUGAUGUACUUCCUCUACCAAGGCUCCACCUCCUAAAGGGUUCCAUUACUCCCCAAAAGAGCUCUACCAACUGGGGACCAAAUGUUCAAAUAUGUGAGCCGGUGGCUUAUUUACUGUUUAAAUGACCACACUUGUAUCUAUCUUCUCAACACGGAAGAUGCUAAUACGUGGUACAGUGAUUCUUAAUCCAGUUACGUAAUCAAGUGUAGGCUUUCAUUAGAGCAUAAAUAUUAAUUUUUAGACACAUGGUUCUAUCCAAGGCAGUAAGUAGAGAUAGGUUAAGAAUAGAAAGACACCUUUUCUUCUUUUUUUAAUGGGCAUCACCACCCUUAAACUUGAAGGUUUUAGCUAAAAUU